AUGGCAACAGACAACAAUUUUGUGCAGCUUGCAAUCCCUCGCUUUGAUGGUCACUACGACCAUUGGAGCAUGCUAAUGGAGAAUUUCCUAAGAUCCAAGGAGUAUUGGAGUCUUGUGGAAACCGGUUUCGUCGAACCGGAAAGUGGAGCAACAAUGACAGAAGCACAACAAAGGAAACUAGAUGAGUUGAGCCUGAAGGAUUUGAAGGUGAAGAACUAUUUGUUCCAGGCAAUCGAUCGUACCAUUCUUGAGACCAUACUCAAGAAAGACACUUCCAAGGAGAUUUGGGAUUCAAUGAAGAAGAAGUACAAGGGCUCAGUGAAAGUCAAGCGUUCUCAGCUUCAAGCUUUACGCAGGGAUUUUGAGACUCUCCAAAUGAAGCAGGGAGAGUCUGUGAAUGAGUACUUCUCAAGAACAAUGGCAAUUGCAAACAAGAUGAGGCUGCAAGGUGAUUCAAUGACUGAUGUCACCAUAGUUGAGAAGAUUCUUCGAUCAAUGACACCAAAGUUUGACUAUAUCGUAUGUUCAAUUGAAGAAUCAAACGAUGUAGAUGAACUUUCCAUUGAUGAGCUGCAGAGUUCCUUGUUGGUACAUGAGCAGAAGCUGAAUCGGAGCAGUACUACAACUGAAGAACAAGCAUUGAAUGUUUCCACCUUUGCUGAAUCCUCAAGUUCAAGAGGAAGAGGCCAAGGUCGAGACUGA